GUCAAUAGGCUAGUUUGUGUUCAAUGCUAGUGGAACGUAAAGUUGACUUGUAUGUAAAAAGAAAAAAAAAAAGAAAUAUACAUAAAAAUUAAUAAUUUCUACAUUAUGUUAAAAAAUGGAUUGUAUACAACAGGAUUGGAUAUGAUUGGACCAAUCAGUUCAAAACACAAUUAGUAUAAUGAUCAUCCUCUUUAUUAGAACAACACUCUAUCCACUUCGCUGCCAGUUUCGGGAAUUUCCACACAUCAACCUACACAACUUUUUCCUUCCAUUAUUUUAAGCCAAUGACAAGAGUGUAAGCUAAAAGUAGGAAUUUUAUUUUUUAUUACCCAUCCAGGGGAAUCCCCAAGACAAUACUGCAUUUGGUGGAAUUUCUGAAAAUUGUAAUUUUUUAAGAAAAUCAGUCCAGUGCAUGAUAGAAAUCUGUUUUUUUUUAAAUAACAAACUUAGUUCCAAGAGAUGUAAUGCCAAUUCCAAUUUUCUAUUUUUUUGUUCAGGACAAUGUUUAGAGGAUUAUGGAUGUAUUUAAAUGUUCUUUAUAUAAGCACUGAACUGUGAUGUAUGCAGCGUUAUGUAUCCUACGAUUCUGUAUCCAAUGUAAAUUCAAUGUACAAAGUAAAGCGAUGACUCUUGAAAUUAAUGUUAGUUUACUACAAGAUAUUGUCACCGAAAGUCAGGGAAGCUAUUGGCAUGAUGGAGGCCAACAAAUGCACAAUAUGGUGGUCCAGUCUUGUAAUUCUGCUGUCGAUGUCACACAAUGUCAAGUCUGCUUGUCUAAUGACACAAGAUGUCUGUGAGUUCUGGCUGGAAGUAGAAUACAACCUGACCAUGAUGGACAACAAGCUGGCUGUCUACGCUUCGGGUGGGAAACUUUAUCACUUUAACGUGACUAACCCGCUAAAUGCAGUGCCCGUAGAUAGCAACAAUGUGAUCAGUGCAGACGGCUUUGAGAAUCAACGACUGGUCAUUACUGUCAAUAAAACAAUACCUGGACCUUCUAUUGAGGUGUAUGAAGGUCAGACGGUCAUAGUGCACGUGAAAAAUAGCCUGAUAUCCAGUGGGAUGACCAUCCAUUGGCACGGACUGAUACAAAAAGGAAGUGCUUGGAGUGACGGUGUAGGUUUUAUCACUCAGUGUCCCAUACUUCCUGGUCAAACCUUCACAUACAGAUUUGCAGCUGACCCCAAGGGAACAUUUUGGUACCACGCCCACACAGGGGCUCAACUCUCUAUGGGUUUAUUGGGACCUUUUAUUGUCAGAGAGAGGCGGCCGUUGCAGAUGGAAGAGUUUAUUAUGAUGAUUCAGGACUGGAACCAUGACAUGGACUCUGAACUCACCCAUUAUAGAAUGUUAUACAAUAACUAUGAGAAGCGAGUUCAAAUUCAACCCACUGGAUCACUAGAAGGUGGCAGGUUUAGUAUGUUUCAGUUCCAUUCUGGUCUCAUUAAUGGCAGAGGAAGAUAUUUCUAUCCGAGUGGCUCUUUCAUUGAUGCUCCACUGACUGUCUUCAAUGUGAAACGGUUCAAUUCCUACAGAUUUCGAGUUAUAGGAGCUGGAAGUCUUUAUCCCUUCAGAGUGUCCAUUGAUGAACAUGUCUUAAAGAUUGUAGCUUCAGAUGGCAAUGAUUUGUCUCCAGUGGAGGUAGAGUCCUUUAUAAUCAACCCAGGGGAAAGAUACGACUUCGUGAUAGAGGCCAACCAGACUGACAAGAAUUACUGGAUAAGGGCAGUAACUCUAGAAGUCAAUGUCAGCAAUCACACGGCUCUCGCUAUUCUAAGAUACGCUAAUGCUUCUUCAAACAGCGAGCCCCUAACGUCGAGACGAGAUUGUACCGAAAGUCAAAAAUGUCGUGUUGCCAACUGCCCCUUUGCAUUCUAUCCUGCAGCAGAUAAUAUUCUUUGCAUUAAUUUCAAUCACCUGAAGUCAGCGGGAAAUAGAACUGUACCAGGAGUAGAGACAGAUACAGGGAAUAUUGAAGACAUUUUUUUAAACUUCGCUUUCCCUGGCAUUGGAGAUGUACAACCUGGAUCAGUGAAUGGAAUUAACUUUCAGAUGCCACGCGUUGCAGCCUUGACACAAAUGGAUGAAGUGCGCACGUUCUGUAAAGCAGACGACUGUGGUGAAGACAAACUGUGCGUGUGUACACAUUCCAUUGACCUCAAGAACAAUAAAGUCUACCAAAUGACAUUUGUGAACAUGGGCGUGGGCAAAGGUUGGGCUCAUCCAAUACAUCUCCACGGACACGAUUUCCAUGUUCUUAAAAUAGGUUAUCCAGACUAUAACAAUAAUACAGGUCGCUUCAUCCAAGACAAUUUCGAUAUAGAUUGUAGAGGAUAUCCUAAGAGAGACCAAAGUUUUUGUAAUUUCGCUACUUGGUCCAAUCGUUCAUGGGGAGGUAACAACAUUCCAGGUCUUCAACUCAGUAAUCCUCCCAUCAAAGAUACAAUUAUAGUGCCAACUGGAGGUUACGUUGUAGUUCGAUUCAAGGCAGAUAAUCCUGGACUUUGGCUAAUGCAUUGUCACAUAGAGUUACACAACACUGAUGGUAUGGCUUUGUUGUUCAAUGAGGCCAGAGAGUCACAUCCCAAACCUCCAGCUGGUUUACCGAAAUGUGGAGAUUUUAGUUAUAAUGCAUUAAAUUCAUGUAAUUCAAAUAGUCCAAGACUUUACAUUGUUUUUGGAAUUCUUGUUUUUGUUUUACUCUCAUAGGGGUAGAAAUAAUAUUCAUAUUGAGGACAUGAAAUAUUUACUGUCAUAAUUUAUAUGCUUCACGCUCAAUAAAGUCAUCUUUUUCUACAAUGAGCUUACAUCUAAUCAAUAAACUUCCAGUGAUAAAUUGGUACAUUUUAAAUAGCUACAAUAUAUUUAUAGUAGUGGGGUGGAUAAACAGUGUAAGCUAUGGUCUUAAAGUUGGAUAGUUUGCAAACACUUAAAAUUUUAAAACAUUUCAUCGGACACUCUCAGAACGAGUCUACCAGAUGUGUAGGACCGUUAUACAUGUCUUCUUCCCCUAAUAUUUACAGUACUAAGGAAAUGAAUAAUUACUAUAAUAACACUUAAUUAAAUAAUUUUAAAUAAUUAGCAUACAAAUAUUUUAAAAAAUAAACAAGAUUGCAUGAGAUUUUUUGUUUAACAAACUCAGAGGUAGCCCCACCAGAUCCGCUAAUUGACUGGAAUAUUUAAGGCAUGAACUUGUUUUGAUUGUGUAUAGUAUAACAUUUUAAAAGCGUUAUUGUUCACUUGAAAACAAACGGAACAAUCUAUUAUCAAUAUUGAGAUUUUUUACCUGUAUAUAUAUAUAUAUAUAUUUUUUUUUGCCCAAAAUAAAAGAACUUAGCUUUUCA